AAAAAAAGACGCAGUAUUGUAUGGAUUUUUCCGGUAAAGUUGCCUUGGUAACAGGGUCCACCAGCGGGAUAGGACUGGGUAUUGCUCGAACUCUCGCCAAGAAGGGAUGUACCGUUAUUUUAACAGGAUUGGCCGAUCAAAAAACCAUUGAUGAACUUGUGAAUGAGUUCAAAAUUUUGUGCAAUGAGAGAGCAUUUUUCCUGCCAUGUGACAUGCGAUCACGUGAUUCAGUUCACCAAAUGUGUCGAGAAAUCUCAAAAUUAUAUCCCGAUGGAGUUGAUAUUCUUGUUAAUAACGCAGGAAUCAACCAUGUGAAACCCAUUGAGGAUUUUCCAGAUGAGAAAUGGGAUGAGAUGAUCAGCAUUAUGCUAACUAGUCCUUUUGAUCUCAUUAAAUACUUUAUAGCAGGCAUGAAAAGAAAACGAUGGGGGCGGAUUAUCAAUAUAUCGUCUAUGAUGGGUCUAAUCAGUCAACCAGGGAAAGCUGUGUAUAGUGCUGCAAAAUCCGGAAUGAUAGGAUUAUCUAGGGGUGUAGCUCUAGAGGGAGCACCGUUUGGUGUCACGUGUAAUGCCGUAUGUCCUGGAUACGUAUACACUGCAGUGACUGAUCCGCAGGUACGGGCUUUUCAGGAAAAGGAGAGAAUAUCAACGUUUCAGGAAGCUAAGAACAAAUUCUUUUCUCGGGCUCCAACAGGAAAGGCGGUAGAAAUUGAUCAGAUAUGUGAGUUAGUGACGUUUUUGUGUACUUCUGGAGCCAGCAGCAUGACAGGGUCGCCCAUAGUGAUAGAUGGUGGAUUCACUAUUCAAUAACCGAAACAAAAGUACAGACACUGGUCAGAUAUCAACAUACAUUAAGGCCUCCGAAGGUCACCGUGUAUUUCCACGUAAAUGGUUGUUAAAUAAUCUUUAAUAUGUAUUUUAUGUUAAUAUGCUAUCAAAUACGUAGUGGACAUUUUAAUCUAGUCAUUUUAUGUUAUGCUUAAAAUAUUCAGGAAUUUUAAAUGUUAUUCUAAAUAAUAUACAGAGAAUUCAUACUCAGGAAUGCCCUAUUCUUAUGAAUAAAAAUUAGCGGUUAUUCAUUAUUGUCUAAUUGUAAUACCUAUAAUAUGUUGUUUGGUUAUUGUUGUGUAUGGCUAUUUGAUAAUAUUUUUUCACAAAACAUCUAUAUUUUUUUU